AUGAGUAGAAGGCAGCAAAAGGUGUUCAAAUUGUUCAUAUGGAUUUUGGGAAUCUUUCUUGUCGCUUACAUUGCAGGACGACCUUUGUAUUGGCAUCUCAAUGAGACCCUCAAUGCCACCUCUUAUCCUUGUCCUCCUUGUCACUGUGAUUGCUCUCCUCAACCCCUUCUUACUCUCCCCGAAGGAUUGACCAACAAUUCCAUUAUAGAUUGCAUGAGGCAAGACCCAGAGGAGAGUGAAGAGGUUGGGAAGAGUUUUACAGAUCUUUUAGCCGAAGAAGUAAAGCAAAAGGAAGCUGAAGCUGAGGAAAAACAAAGAAGUGUAGACACGAAACUUUUGGAGGCUAAGAAAUUAGCAUCACAGUAUCAAAAGGAGGCUGACAAGUGCAAUUCAGGGAUGGAGACAUGUGAGCAGGCCAGGGAAAGAGCUGAGGCAGCACUUGAAAAUCAGAUGAAAGAAACUGCUUUGUGGGAGCUUAGGGCUCGCCAAAGAGGAUGGAACAAAAAGAUGCUUCAAUGA